UCAAGAAAAGGUUAGACGUGAAGUAAAAGCAUUAGCAAAGUUAGAUCAUACCCAUAUAGUAAGAUAUUUCCAUACUUGGUUAGAAUAUCCCCCAUCAGGUUGGCAAGAAGAAAAAGAUAAGGAAUGUGAAAGCAGUGAAACUCAGUCUACUUCUCAUGUUUCUGCUAGUCCAAUGAUAAAAUUGAAGAAAUCCAUAAAUCCAUUAAAAUUGUCAGAAGUAAAUGUAGAAAAGAGUUUAGGUUUUAAACCAAAUACAAAUUCAGAUAAUUCUUCCAUAUCAGUCUCCUUUAACAAUUCUCAUUCUAAUAGUAACUUUAAAAAUACAAAUUCAGAUCAGUCAUUUGAAAUAGUUUUUCAAAAUUCAGACAAAAGAUAUGAAGUGAAUUUAGAUGAAAAGUCUUUAUCAAAAACAAGUUCUGAAGAAAAUAUUGGUCCUAUUAAAAUUCCAUUUCAACGAUAUAAGGAUGACAAUGAUAAUACUGAUGACUUAUCAGUGGAAUUUAAAGAUUCAGGAUGUGCAGAUAAUUCAGAUGGCAAAGAAGAGAGAACAUUCCUUAAAAAAGAGAGUUCAAAUUACAGAAAUGAAUAUUCUAAAAUUACUUCCAAAGAUAAAGAAAAUAAUGAACAAAUUCCUAUUCGUCCUGAUAAAUUGGAUAUAACUAAAAAUAUAUCUUGUAAUAUUCCUAAAGUAUACUUAUAUAUUCAGAUGCAGUUAUGCCAAAAACAAACAUUGAAGGAUUGGUUAAACAACACUCUUCAGAGGGAGAGAGAACAAGUUUUAGAUAUUUUUGAUCAGAUUGUAAGUGCUGUGGAGUACGUUCAUGAGCGUGGUUUGAUGCAUAGAGAUUUAAAGCCUUCCAAUAUUUUUUUUUCACUUGAUGGAUUAGUGAAAGUAGGAGACUUUGGGUUGGUUACAGCAAUGACUGAAAGUGACCUGCAUACUCCAGCAGGAAAAUUCUCAGAAGGUGAUACACUUUCAACACAUCAUACUAAUAAUGUAGGCACUCAACUUUACAUGAGUCCAGAACAGAUUGCAGGAAAAUCAUAUAGCCACAAAGUGGAUAUUUUUUCAUUAGGUUUAAUUCUAUUUGAAUUACUUUUUCCUCUGAAAACUUAUAUGGAGAGAGUUCAGUUAAUACAGUAGAAGUUCAUUAAUCCAGUAUCUAUAGGACCAAGUGGGACAGGAUUAUCAAAAAUCAUGGAUUACCAGAUGUGUAUUUUUGUAAAAUUAAAUGUUAUAUAAAAUAAAAACAUUGCAGACAUUGCUGUACACUUUGUAUCAGUGCACACUGCUGUGUACUUUCCAUUU